CCUCGCUCCAUUGUGUUACAGCUCCGUUGCAGAAGCACCGCCACCAUAUUUCGCUUGUCUGCAAAAUCAUUGCAAAAUCUAUUGCUUGACUGUUGCCAAACGUCCGCUUCAUGACGACUUUGUUCCUGUUGGUGUGUGUGUUUUCGGUGGCGGCGGCGCUGCAGGAGGAAGGGUUCACGAAGUCCUGUUCAGAGCCAGAGGUUUAUGAAGGAACCGUUGUCGUCACACUUUCGGAAGAUCGGAUGGUCGUUGUAGACGACGGCAUACAUCAACAACUAUUGCUGUGUAUAUCCGGUAAAUGGUCACCGGUUAUUUCCGGUUCUGAUGCAUGGAAACGCCUCUCUAAAAGGCCCUCGGUCAAAGGCGGCCGGGCCAAGCGUUCCCCAAACACAGGCAAGUACAGUGACCUCCAGAGGCGCGUGAAAGUGCAGCGGAAGUUACAGAAAGGCCUCCUGGAGACGAGCAUCGAGGAGAACACGCUGUCCUCCGUGCGCGUGCACCCGGGCGGCACGGCGUACCUGCUCUGCCGCGUCCAGAACCUAGGGGCGCACUCAGUUACGUGGACGAGGCUCAAGGACAGCUAUGUCCUGGCCAUCGAUACCCUCAUGAUGAGCAGCGACGGGCGCUUGUCGCCGUCCUUCGAAGAACAAACGGGGACCUGGAUUCUGAGGAUUGGGGAAGUCAGGUCGUAUGACGCUGGGCAAUACGAGUGCCAGGUGAGCACUCGACCUCCUCUGAAAAAGGUGGUUACGCUCGAGGUGGUGCCGGCUGGCCAUACGCUCGACACCCCCGCCGCGCAAGAGGAGAACGGCCUGGAAUAUGUGCUACAGAACCUAACGGCGAUAUGGGAAGAGCUGACCUACCUUCGCAACGAGGUGGACGGCCACUUCCACGGCGGUCACGAGGGCCGAUAUCAUCACCAGGUGGUGGAGGAAGUGGCGAGAAUGAACCACGAGCGUCAUGUUCACCUUUUGCAUCAUCCUCAUACGAGUCACAAUAAUCACCAUGAUAAUGAUUUGCUGCACCAUCUUGCCCAUCACGGUCUUGACCAACGCCAACGAUCAAGCCACAGUCCUCAAGGGAAGGACAAUCAGGACGAGAACCAUGAUAACGGAGGAGAGGAGAGUGAGGAAGAUAACAGCGUUGGGAGACAUCAGGACCAUCAUGCAGACGGCCACGACACGCAUGGCCUUCACGCUCUCAGUGAUUAUGACUUAGAUGCGUUUAACCUCCGUGACCUGACUUCCGAUCACGGCCACAGACAAAGAACUGGUAAUGGUCAUAGUCACGAUCACGAUCAUGGUUAUGGGACAAGUCAUUCACAUCAUCAUAGUCAUGAUCACGGGCAUGGCCAUGAUCAUGAAUCAAAUCAUGAUCAUGAAUCAACUGAUUCUGCGGACAGUAAUGAGGAGACAAGUAACUCGCAAGAAGGGGCAGGACAGCAAAGUUUUAGGAGUCCGGCACAGGUAGCCCCUGGCCGUGGUCUGGCGCUGAUCCCCGGUCGUGAGCCAGUCAGCACGGUUCCGGUGGUUCCCGUGGAUCCGUGGAUGUACGGCAAGUGUGACCUGAAGCCUAAUGUGGACGUCCCUGAAUCAGCUGUUCGGGGCUCCAUCACGAUCUCGCAGCUGAAAAGUGGUAAAGGUCCAGUAUACUUCGAUUUGAACAUUACCGGCUUCGACGUGGCUUCAACUGGUCGCAGACACGGUUUCCAUGUGCAUGACCUCCCGGUGACAGAUGGAAGUUGCGGCUCAACAGGAGGACAUUUCAACCCGCAUGCACAGACGCAUGGUGCUCAGGAUGCGUCGGUCAGGCAUGUGGGUGACCUUGGCAACAUCGAAGUGGACGAGAACGGAAACAUCGAAGGCUAUAUCUUGUCCGACCGCCUCGUGGCCUUCAGCAACCCAAACAAAAUCAUCGGCAGAGCUAUUGUGGUGCACGCCGGUGAGGAUGACCUCGGUCUUGGGGGCGAUUCGGGCAGCCUUGCCACAGGAAAUGCAGGCGGCCGUCUUGCUUGUUGCACUAUUCACAUUAAAGUAGUUCCUUAUUUCAGGUUCAAGGGCUAAGGUCCUCUUGUCGGUCAUGUACUUUGAUGAAUGCAAGAUUUUUUUUCUUUUUUGUUAUGAUUGUAGUGAAUAUUUUACAAAAAAGAAUUGUAUAGAUAAAGGCUGAUGAUAAUUUCUCUUGUAAACUCUAAUAAUUUUUACUGUUAUUUUUAAUAAUUCUAAAUAGCCUAUUGUUAUAUUUAGGAAGGUGCUCAGUAACUUGUACACAAAUAAAGAUUGAGAAUGGUACAAGUUUAUCCUUAUUAUAAUGCAGUGUCAUUGUUGGUCUUCUCGGAUAUUUUGGAUAUUUUGGAUAUUCUAGAUGCGACCCAGAAGGGAUAGACAGAAUCCAGUACAUGAAGCUUUCUAUAACAGACGUUGCUACUGACAGUUUACCUGCAAUGCACCGGUGCACAUGUCCGGCACGUAGUCUUAAUAUAUGGUACUGUGCAUUUACUAUCGCGCUUGGUAAUUUUCUAGUACUAACUUCCUUGGUAAAUUAAGUCAUUAGUUACGAUGAAUUGUUGUUAUAAGCGCCAGAUACUGUUAUAUGACGCAUGGAUGUCAUGUAUAAAUUCCAGAUACAAGCGUAAAAAAUCAAGGCAUAAAUAUGAUAAAAAAUACACAUAAAAAGAGUGAAAAUAUAUAACAUACAUUUAUAUACGAUGGCAUUUCAAGAAAAAGAAAAGUUUGGUAUAUAUUUCUCUUUCGUGUUGUAGUGCUGAACUUAAGAUGGAAAAUAAAUACAAUUUGAAA